GCAGAGAAGAUUCUCAUUUCUGCGAGAAUUUACUCUUUGUGAAGGAAUUCCAAUGCAAUCUCUUCAACGCGUAGCGAGAAGUUUCCGACCUUGUAGAUUUACUUCGGUAAUUGUCAACUCCAUUAACACUAGAGAAUUUUUCGCCAAAUCGUCAUAUUCUUCUUCCAAUCGGAACCGCGGCGGCGGCGGUGUCGACGACGAGUGGAACGACGCGUGGGAGACGGCUUGGCUCCCGGAGGACCUGACGGGAAAGGCGCGAGCGCCAUGGGAGAGCGACGUCCACUUCCCGUCCUCGUCUGACUCCGGCGUGGCUCUCCUGCAGAACGCCGAUGCGGAGACGAAGGCGUUCGUGGAGGACAUGAACGAGAACUGGAGCGAGAGGCGAAAAGCGAGCAAGAACAACCGGCAGAAUCUGGAGAGAGAAAGCGGAUCGCUUUACCGAUUAGAGAAUAUGAAGAAGGACUACAGGUUGAAGAAGCAGCGAAUUCACGCUGGGCUAUGGAUGAAGGAGAUCGAGAAGCAGGAGGAGGCUAAAUUAGGCGAUUCGGCUCUCGGUGGCGGAGAUGAUAUCGAGAAAUUGCUCGAUAGCUGUUCCGACAUUUUUGAUUCGUCUGCGAAUGAUGAAUUGGAGAAUGGAAAGAUUUCGAACUCUUCCGAGUUCAAAUCCAAGCCUGAUGGUUGGGAAACGACGUCAAAGAGUCAAGACGGGAAUGUGUGGGAGAUGACACAGAGAGAAGAGGAUAUUCUCCUCCAAGAGUUUGAGCGUCGAAUUGCCUACAGCAAAUUCCAGAUAGCUAGUUUUAUAAAGACUCACAUAUUUAGUAGGAGGAGACCAAUUGAUGGGUGGAAAUACAUGAUAGAGGAGCUGGGACCGAAUGCCAGAAGAGGGAAGGGGAGUGUUUCAAGGUUGCCAAGUCUAUCUGAUCCAUCAACACAACCCUAUAAGGAGGAGAAGACCCCAAUUGGCACAAGCCUCACACCCUCUCGGAAAACCUAGUUCAUUUUCCGAUCACUUUUGAAUUUUCCCAUUGUAUCGUUAAAACUUAGAACACAAAAAAGUGUUGCUAAAUCAACAAUCAUCCCAGUGUGUCGGUUCUUAUAGUUCUUACAAUUUUGAGGCUCAGGUGGGUUACGCAUGAUCCACUGUCGUUUGUACAAAUCGAUAGUCAUUUGCUCAAAGUGAAAACGAUAUAUUUACACAUUUAGUGAAUCAU